GAGAGGAGAGAGAAGAGACUGAGAGGAGAGAGAGAGAGAGAGAGGGGAGAGAGAGGGGGAGAGAGAGGGAGAGAGAGGAGAGACUCCCCGGCUCCCUCCCUCCCUCGCACACAGCGACUGGAGACGGACGGAGAGCAACGCGCUGGGAGAGGAGAGACCACCGAGAACAGCCCCGCGCUCUCACACAUACACUCACACUCGGCUCUUUCCUCCUCCCCCCCACCUCCUCCUCCUUCCACCCCCACCACUAACACCAUCUCCUCCUCCUUCUCUCUUCAACAAGAAAAAAAAAAAGCCAUUUACAGGGGGUGAUGUGCAACUAAUUAAAGGCAGACUGGCAGCGUCUGCAAAUUCUAAGGCUCCCCAAAUAAAAAGAGACUGUUGUAACAGUUGGAGGAUAAUGCAAAGGAAGACGCUGCCUGGGAAUUCACCGUCUGUGGAAAUGCGCCCCAGAGAGGAAUAAAGCAGUCCUCACCUUGCUCUCCCCACCUGGACCCACUUUCCCCUCCCGCCUCGGCCCCCACCCCAACAUCACCAUCACCCCCUUCCCUCCCCCCCACCUCCCCCCCUUCCCCACCCAGGUGUCGGACCAGACGGUCCCCACUUCCACCCUGCACCCCUUCUUUCCCCCUUGCACCAUGAACACCAAUGUCUGCGUGGAGCCCGGGCCGAGCCCGGAGGCCCCGGGCUUGCCCAAGGAAAGCCACCUGCCCGAGGGGUCCCUGAACAGCCUUGUGGAUUACAACUCGGAGAUGGAGCGCUACCGCUCCUUUGCCACCUCCUUCUACAAGACCAACGGGGGCGCCUUCCCGCAGGCCGCCAAGAUCGCGCGCAUCACCACCCCCAUCUUCCCCAGCAGCGCCGCUGCUGCCGCGGCCGCCGCGCGCAUCGGCAUGUCCCCCUGGAACUGCGACAACGCGGCCACCGCCGCCGCCGCCACCGCCAUGCUCUGGGGCAGCGGCGGGGGCGGGGGCGGCGGCGGGGGAGGCGGCGGCGGCGGUGGGGGCGGCGGCGGGGGCGGUGGGGGCGGCAGGAAAUCCUCCGCCGCCGCUGCCUCCUCCUCCGCCUCCUCCUCGGCGAUCCUCCCCGCCGGCGGUGGCGGUGGCGGUGGCGGCGGCGGUGGCGGCAGCGGCGGCGGUGGCGGCGGCAGGACCAGCAUGCACCACCGAAACGACUCCCAGAGGCUGGGGAAAGCUGGCUGCCCGCCAGAGCCAUCGUUGCAAAUGGCAAAUACUAAUUUCCUCUCCACCUUAUCCCCUGAACACUGCAGACCUUUGGCGGGGGAAUGCAUGAACAAGCUCAAAUGCGGCGCUGCUGAAGCAGAGAUAAUGAAUCUCCCCGAGCGCGUGGGGACUUUUUCCGCUAUCCCGGCUUUAGGGGGCAUCUCAUUACCUCCAGGGGUCAUCGUCAUGACAGCCCUUCACUCCCCCGCAGCAGCCUCAGCAGCCGUCACAGACAGUGCGUUUCAAAUUGCCAACCUGGCAGACUGCCCGCAGAACCAUUCCUCCUCCUCCUCGUCAUCCUCAGGGGGAGCUGGCGGAGCCAACCCGGCCAAGAAGAAGAGGAAAAGGUGUGGGGUCUGCGUGCCCUGCAAGAGGCUCAUCAACUGUGGCGUCUGCAGCAGUUGCAGGAACCGCAAAACGGGACACCAGAUCUGCAAAUUUAGGAAAUGUGAAGAGCUAAAGAAAAAACCUGGCACUUCGCUAGAGAGAACACCUGUUCCCAGCGCUGAAGCAUUCCGAUGGUUCUUUUAAAGCAGUAGUAUAUCUUAUUUUCAAGGCAUUUGGAAGUGAAGGGCAAACUAAUGUCUUGUUUUAAGAAACUGCUUAGUCCACCACUGAAGAAAAUAUCCAGAUAUUAUUUUCAUUUUAUGUAUAGGGGUUUCUUCAAAAAAAAAAAAAGUGGGGGAAAAGAAAAAAAAAAGACAUAUAAAAAUAAUCUGGGAGCUUGGGGAAUUGGCCAGUCUAUUUACUUUCAAUACACUGAUUCUUUCUUUGAUGUAAUUUAGCUAUCCUAGUGAAGUUGUUGUCUAUUUUGAAAGUGGCUGUAAAAAAUAAGUCUGGGUAAACCCCUGCUGUAAAAUCAUGUAUCUUUGCAAAGUACAUAUCUAUACUUCAUUUUCAAAUAUAUGUGUUUCAGGACUGUAAACUGUACAGAUAGCAGCUUGUAUUUUGUGUGUUUAGACAAAAGAAGACAAUCAUGUCUGAGCAUCUAUGGAGAUUAACAGUUUGUUCACAACACUCCGGUUCUGCGAGUUAAAUCUGGAGCAAUAAAUUUUAGCUUUAAAUAUUUUUUUGCCAGUUGUUUCUAGGAGCAGCAACAGCAGUGGCGUGUUUUGCCAUGCAUCUUUUCGUAGAGACUUGAUGCCAAGUUUUACAAGACUAAAAGAUGAUGAUGCAUCCAGCAGUUACCUUCCGUUGUAUUGUUCUAAGAGGGGAAGAUAUUAGGAAAGUUUCAAUUAAUCUUUUGAGCACUAUAUUAGAGUAGUGGUUAUGCACUUGCAUUGCUUACAAACAAGCUGUACAGAAGGGUAUACCUCCCAAAUCCUUAGUGUAGUUGACUUGUCUUGGGUGGCACUGUAAGACGGAGUACUCAGAGUAGUUGAAACAUGCAGAAUCUGUUGUAUAACUUUUUUUUUUUUUCUUUCUUUAAACAGUGUUUUCUAGGAUACAGGCUAGAGUAUCAUAUCUUAGGGGAGAAAUUCAUGACUGACUUUUUUUCCCCCCAGCCCAACAUGGGCUUUUUUUGUUUGUAUGUAUUUUUUUGUUUGCCUGUUUUUCUGCUUCUUUUUUGGUAGAAAAAAAUAAACACUUAAAAAACAUAUCCAAUGUUUAAAUUCCAUGUAUGAUAUUAAAAGUGUAGUUUUGUUUUAAAAUUUGAUUACAUAAAGGCCUCCUGCAUCGAGACAUGGCUGGGUACAUUUUUAAGUUCAAAAGAGUGAAACACAUUCAUGGAAGUGAGGCUGUUAAAUCUCUUUUGAUCUUCCUUUCUCACAGCCUCCCAGUUAAAACCAUGGCCUUCUAGUAGCCCUCCGUGAAAUGCUCCAUGUUUCCCAUUCCUGUUCUCAUCACCAUCACCGGAUGCUUCCAUUCCUGAGAAGGCAGGGCCACAGUCUAUGGAAUUCCAUAAAUGCAAACAGCCCCCAAACAAAAGGAGCUAAUGCUUCUUAGGACCUGAGCUACCUUUUCUCAUAAUGUUUGGUUUUCUUCUGCAGUCGGUGUUCUUUAGGCUAACCCAUUAGGAUGAAUGUUUAUGAUGGCAUGAUCCCUAAGAGUUUUAGUUCUCCUUUCUCUCUCUCUUUUUUUUCCCCCCAAAUUAUAAAGACUGUUCUCAGCUUCAGAAAUAAGACAGAGUUUAGCAAAAACACAUAGAGUAUGCAAGUUUCCAUAUUACUGCAUCUUUUUGUUCUCUAGUCACUAGCCAGCUAUUUUAGCCUGUGACAUCCAUUGACCUGCUGACAACUUAGCAACAUGGAUCAGGUGAAGAAAAAUAACUUGAGAAGAGAGAGGGUGAUGAAAGGAACUGUAAAGUUUUAGAAAGACUAGCAGAUGAAUAAUUUUAAAAGGCUAGUUGUAGUUAUGAAUGGGAAAAAAUAUAGACAGAGGAGGUUUUUUUAAAAGCAGAAGGAGCACUUCAUUGCUCGAGUGCUGGCAAGGGGGGGAGAAGGUACUUACAAAUGCCAAUGUGAAAAACAAUAUGACUUAAUUUGCCUAGAGUAUGGAUACAAGAUCUACAGUUACUGUCAAAUAGCCUUUUUGAAGAAAAUUCACGAUGUAUUACACUUAUCCAUGUUUAGAGAAGAAAAUUAUCGCAAAUUAAAACGUGCUGUAUAUUAAUUUUGAGAUAGCUUUCUACUUGGUGUAUAUUCCGUUGAAGGUUCUAGUUAGAAUUUCUAUUUCUGCUGUGGGACCAAUAAGAGCUAUAUGAGUUCUUUCUUGUUCCAUUUUUAAUUUUAUUUGACUUUUUUUAACCGAUGUGCUAAUGAAUUACGAGUAAGUGAAAACUUACUUUCACACUUGAAUGGUAAGCUUGCCUUGCUUUUUGGAAAGUGAUCAUUGUUGUCACAGAAUUGAAACAAACUUUUAUUCAGGCUGCAUUAGGCAUACAAUAACAUGAAGAUCUCAUCGCAAUGUACUGAGUCUAAAAUACAUGCUGGUAUUGCAUGUCUUGAUGUGUUUUUAUUUGUUUUCUUAAAGAAUUAAUGAGUUUGUAUAUUGUAAAAUGUGAUUUUUUACAUGUGAAUUCAAUUUUUUAAUGAAAUAAUCUGUUAAUUAUUGAUAUGGAGGAGUGCAGCUUUUCUUGAAUUCCUUAUGUGUUUUUAUUCCUGAUGUUGUUCUUUUUUAAACUACCCAUUUUUUAAUGUUUUGGGUUAAGCUAUUUAUGUAAUGGAGGGUGCAUAUAAGGUUCCCUUUGGUGAUGCUGAAGAAAGGUAUCACUCCUCUGGCCUCCCCUCAGUCUUCUCCCUUGUAAGUUCAUGUAUUGAGAACUUGUAAAGCACAUCAUAGCAGCACUGAGGGAGUGAUUGAAAGGUUUACACUUUUCUUGAUUCUAAAAUACCAAUGAAGUGUAACUUUUAAAAAUUCCUUGCUGUAUGUUUCAUAUUCAGAAUCAAGAAAAUUCAGAAGAUAGCAGUCAGCUGUAAAUCACAUGGGGUAUCUUUACAACUUAAAAAUUACAUCUCAGAUAAGCCGAAUAAAAAACUUCGUGUGAGAGGUCACGUACAGAGGUGUAGGUGAGGAGGUGCCAUCAUGCGUCAGCGUUUGGGAAGACUAUGGAAAGUACUCGGGCUGCUGCCGUGUAGAGCAGUGGGCCCAUCCCUUUCCAGCUCUCACUCAGCACCCUUAUAUCACAAGAGCAUCAGAGUGCAAAUCUCUCUCUUUCCAGGCCUUCAACCCGAAGUGGCUUUCUGAUGGAUUCCGCCUGUCUGUGCACAAGUGGGGGGCAUAUUUACAAACUAGAAAUGUGUCCAUUCUUGGGAGGGAGAACAGUAAUAGGCUUCCCCCAGGGUAAGAGUAUAUAAAAGUGUCUCCUGUUGCUUAAUUCCCAACACCCAACUUUCUUCUUCUAAACACAUUCAUAGGGAGCAAGAGAUGGAAGACUUCCUAUGAAUUAAUAUUAAGCAGUCACUAAAAGAAAGGAAUAUUCCCUUCCUUUCAUUCAGAACCCCUGGCAUGUAAGUUGUACAAUUAAUACUAAUGCAUAUAAAGUAUUUAAGCUGAUAGUCUCUGUAAUCAAAUAAUGAAAACAAGAAAGCAGUUAAAUGAAUACACUAUUCAGGGUCAAAUAUGUUCAGCAAAAAACCGUUGUGGGUCUUUGAUCAUGGCUAGAUUCACAGUGAUAUCACACAGUUGGUUCUCAUGUAACAGCUAAAUGUUUCAAAUUUUGUUUUUAUUAAAUUUGGCAGUUUCACACUGAGAUCUGUAUUCCUAGUGAAUAAAAGACAGUUACUAUGUUAAGAGGGAUUUCAUUUUCACAAUUGCAAGGAAGUCAGAGAUAUUUCAGGAACAUGAGCCACAAAAUGUACUCCUUUCACAGUGUUCUCCUAUUCUGAACUGUGCAGUUAUCUAUUAAAUUUUCUAAUAGAUAUUUGUGUAAGGUGUAUGUAUGCUUGUGCAAUUAUUAAAAAAGCAGUUUUGGAAACAGUGUAUUUAUUAAAGAAAAUUACUUAUGGGGCAUGUACAAAACUGUAAAAAAAAAAAACUAAAAAAAAAAACACAUUCAAUUUGCCCAGUAAAGUUGUUUUUGUGAAAUUUCUGUGUUGUUGAAUAAAGGACUUUAGUAUUCAAAGAUCUCUUUUUCCAUGAACAAAUUUUUAUUUGUGAGAUUUUAAAUAAUCAGCAUAUGAUCCUGAAAGUCUAAUUUUUUUUACGAUAAAAACAUUUUUCGUUCUAAACUUGCUCCUACAUCAGCAGAAUGAAUACUGUUUAUAAAAUUUUCAUAAAAUAUUCCCGUUUUGUUCAUCUUUUUUCUUCAUAUAUUUUGUCUUUCUUAUAUAUAUAAAGGAAAGAAAGAACAUGAUGCCUUUUAUAUUUCUAAAGGCUAUAUUCUUGUUGAAAGCUUUAAAAGUUCCCCAAAAUAGAGGAAGAAAUGAGUAUAUCCAAACUUUCUUCCUUCAUUCAUUAUAAGAGUGCCGCGAGAAAGCUUUCCAUGAACUCCUUGUGCUGUGAAUGAAAAGUCUUGGUGAUAAUACUUAAAACCAUUAAGGUACAUGAAGAAAUACACAAUACUGGAAUUGUAUCUUCAGCCACUCCCAGCAAUACUCUGAGAUUACCUUUUUAUUGUGUUACUUUUUUAUUGUAGAAUAUUGUGGUCCACCCUGCUUAUUAUUUGGUGGUGAAGGCACUUAACUAGUACUUCACUGCUUCCCAGAACAAAGAGCUAAUUUUUUUUUUGCUGCUUCAUAAACUACAAGAAACUACUGUAGAACACAGUAUUAUAUCUUGGAAAUCAUUAAUAUGGUUUCAAACAUGGAGCAUUAGACAAUUGAAAGAGUUCAUGUUCACAGAAAAAAAGACCACAUGAGAAGAUUUUUGUCAAUGUUAUAAAUUUCAAGAUGUGUUCUGUUAGAAUAUCACUAGUAUAAAAUAUCUUGGCCUUGGCAACCGAACUGGAUUAUAUAGUGUGAGAAAGAUGAAUUAGGUAACUGGAAUCAUGAGAGUUUCUGGGUAUUCAGCAAUUUUGCAGGUGAGUUGCUAUUCUUCUUUAUUAUAUUUUGGUGUAAGCAACAAUAUGGCAAAACCAGAUUUUCAUGAUAAUACUUUCCUUACUUGACAUCUUCAAGGAUACAAAUGCUUUGAGGUUUAUACGUAAUGAUAAGAGAAUAAUUCUUAAAAAUAGCUUGAAUUAACUAAAAAGGGAAAGACAGGGGAACUCUAUAACUUAUUUAGACAUUGAAUCAGAUAAUUUCAUAUGGUUUCUGGAAAAUAAUACACAUUUUUAAGUGUCUUUAUUGGUAUCAGUUGUUUUAGUUGACAUAUUUUAGCAGAAGUUAUUCCCCAUUUUAUUUCUACUCUUUUUUUGAUGGAGAAAAAAAAUGUUAUUUGAAAUAAACACAGUGAACACAAAUUUGAGAUUUUAUUUGCAUGCAUAUCAUAAGUAUCAUAGGUAUAAGGACAUUUUUGCUUAUUUGUAACUUUUGUUUCUAAUCUUUUAAUAACUUGGUUUAAGAACUAUCUUUAUGUCCUUUGCAAUUCAGAUUUUUUUGGCCAUUUUUAAGUCAAUAUUUCUUAUUUUCCAUGUAUUUAUGUAAAAUGGAAUGUCAACUGAACUGUCUUUUCAUUCUAAGUCUGUGCUUUGUUUACAAUAUGUUUCUUAUGACAAAAUCAUUCUGGUUAGCAGGUGUUGUAAUUUCACAAAUUGGAAGCAAUGUCCAUGUCUCUUUCCAAGAACAGUACUUUUAAAAGCCAUUCUAAUCGUGUACAAAACUACAUGUAAAGCAUUCUUAAUAUGGGACUGAAUUACUGACUUCUUUAAUAAUUAGAUGUUAGGAGAAUCUGGUUGCUUGGUUUGAAUUAUGAUCUGCUUACGACUUUUCUGAAAAGUGAUCUUCUGUUUCAAAUUAUAUGGCUUCAGGAAAAUUGCACAGUUGGAAGGGAGGUUAGAAAAGAAAAACAUUUAAAUGGCACUGUUUAACCUUUGAUACCAUCAUGAAACAUAUGUAACUGAAAAUUCUUAUUCAUUAUGCCCAUCAAAACCUUUUCUCACUUUUCAUGACUUACCAUGUAAUUUCAUUCAUACUUUUAAUUAUUUAUAAAUAUUUACAGUUGUAUUAAUAUUGAAUUAAUGUGGGGGGGAUGGAAAUAGAUUAAUCUGUGUGUGCAUAUGUGUGUGUUGUUUUUAGCUGACACAAUUCAUUUUUCCAAUAGCUAAGGGUCAGUGUAGAUUAUUAAACAUCUUUCAUGUAAAAGAUUCUGCCACCAUUCAAUUACAGUUGCAAUUGAACUUAAUGAUUCAACAUCUUAUAAUACUUCAUAUCUUCUCUGGGAAUCAGGGAAUUUGGGGAAGUCUACAUGAAAUCUUUUGAACAUUUUAGGGGUGUUUUAAUAAUUUAACAUUUCACUGUGUCCCACUUGCAGUCAUUUGGAACUGUUUUGAAAAUUAUUUACACAAAUUGCUCCCCAAAUGUGUUAUUUUCUUCAUAUAAUUUGGACAUUUUAGGUAUAUUUAUGUAUUAUUGAGAUGUCUAUUUAUACACAUGUAUAUUUGAGCUUCAAGUGCACAUGCAAACACUAAUAGAUUAUUUAAUCUGUAGCUUGUAUACUUUGACCAUAGGAAAAGACCUCUAUCUCUCUAAAAUUUGUGAUGUCUAUGGAGCAGCAGCAAGAAGAAUAUUGUGAAUAAUUUUUGUGUUUGCAAACCAGCAAUUGAUUUAAUUUUUCAUUUAUUCAAUAAGAAUUAUUGUGAUCUUCAAUAUGCCAACUACUGGAGAUAUCAAAAUAAAUAAAAUGUUCCUCCUGACACAUUUACCAUCAUCAUGAAAGUCAACUGAGUGAUUGAAAUAAAUACACAAAUAAAAUCA